CAUUCAUUCAUUGAAAAGUUAUCGUACAGUUCGGACGUCACUUUUGUUUCGACGCAAAACAAACGACAAAAAAACUUUAAUUGCAAAUAGUGAAAAAAAUUAAAUUUUCAUUGUGAACAAAAAGCAAAAUGGCUCGUACUAAGCAAACAGCUCGUAAAUCAACUGGAGGCAAGGCUCCACGCAAACAAUUGGCCACUAAGGCGGCCCGCAAAUCUGCCCCCUCCACUGGCGGUGUGAAGAAACCUCAUCGCUAUCGCCCUGGUACCGUGGCACUGAGAGAAAUUCGUCGCUACCAAAAGUCUACUGAAUUGCUCAUCCGCAAGCUGCCGUUCCAGCGUUUGGUGCGUGAAAUCGCUCAGGAUUUCAAGACCGAUUUGCGUUUCCAGUCUGCCGCCAUUGGCGCAUUGCAGGAAGCAUCUGAGGCCUAUUUGGUGGGUCUUUUCGAGGAUACAAAUUUGUGCGCCAUCCAUGCCAAGCGUGUCACCAUCAUGCCCAAGGAUAUUCAGUUGGCCAGACGUAUCCGUGGUGAACGCGCCUAAACAACGUCGUGUCCGCCAUCUUUAAUUAGCAAAGCAGCAGCAGCAAACGGCCCAACAACAACAACGGAGACGACAACAAAACCUGCGCAGUCGACAUCAGCGACGUUAAGCGCAGCUGCUGCGGCCGCUUAGUCUUAAGUUUCAUAAGAUUUAUUAUACUUUUAUCUACUUAAAAUAUAAGUACAAAAAAAGAAAAAAGCAAAUACUAUGCGAAUUUUGUGCGUGUAAUAAAAAUAGAUUUUUGCUUUGUGUAAAACUUUUUGCUCUAAAACAGAAA